AUGCACAAUUUAAUUGAAUUUCAUGGUACAUAUGGCAAAUUGUCCAAAGUGUUAAAAGUUAUGCUGAACUCACAAAUGGUGAAAAGUUUGUGUCCCAUGUUCGUAUCUGACAUAACGCACUUUCAGAGGCCAUCUAUUUUGAUGGAUACUAAAAAAUGCCCAAGCAGUUUAAAGGAGUAUAAAGACGUGAAGUCGUUUGUUCAAAGAAGAUGCAGUGAAUCAUCGAAAGGAAAGAGUGCAAAUAUCGCCGACAGAGACAAUUCAAGGAUAGGACAAGAACGGUUGAAACGCUCAACUCAAAAAAACACUGUUUUGUUUGGAUUGGAAAGAAUGAUUCGAAGGUCACCUCAGGUUUCAUCGUUCAGAAAUUAUGCACCACCAACUCUGUCGACUCGUCGACACUCUGAUGGCUCGUUUCCAUACCUCCCGAAGCUGAAUAGUCGCGUCAUAGAAAAGUUGACUACCAACAGAAUCCAGCGUUGGUCGUAUUCAUUUUUGGACUUGCUAAGUGAUCAUGUUGGAGUACAAACAUUUCUUACCUUUUUAGAAAAAGAGUUUAGUGCAGAGAAUCUACGGUUUUGGCUGGCCUGUCAGGAACUGAAGCAGACCCCGCGAAUGAACGUUCCUAAUUUAGUGAAAAAAAUAUUCAACGAUUUUCUCAACGAAGAUGCAACACACACAAUAAAUGUCGACGCGAAGACAUACAAUCAUGUAAAAUUGAAUCUAAACAAUCCUUCAUACAACACUUUCGACGAAGCACAGGAGCACAUUUUUCAACUAAUGAAAACAGACAGUUAUCCGAGAUUUAUACGUUCCGAUAGGUACAACCAAAUACUUAAGGACACGGCAAGUAAAGCAAGGAAAAAGUAAAAAUAUUGAAGUACACAAGUGUGAAUAGUGACGACUUUCUGCGCUUCAUUUUUUUACAAAAGCAGGCUUUUUGUAAUCACGAAGUCGUUAGAAAGAUUGAUAGCAAAACGUGGUCUGAGUGAAGCGUUGCCACGCGUUGAACAAAUGCGUUAAUGUGUUUGAAUUUCGUGAUUAAUUCAUUACCUAGAAGCUAGAAAAUAAUUCUAACUGAGAUGCAAAUGAUUGUAAAUUGAGUUUAUUGUUGUACAAAGUUUUUGGUGAAUGUAAAAUUAAAGUGUUGUGCAAAAGUUCUGACACGUAAGUUGAAAA